AUGGGAAACUUAGAUUACAAGUCUACCCCUGGUUCUAGCAACGAGAGCUCGCCCCUCAUGGUUGCCACUCGCUCUGCAGACAGUCGUGGUGGGCGCCCUCGUGUUGGUGCCGAUGAGUCGUCUAAGAAUGCGCUCUACAUGUUUCUUUUGACUCUGUCUAUUGGUGGACUUCAGAUUGUUUGGUCCGUUGAACUUUCUAAUGGAUCGCCAUACCUUCUAUCCCUCGGGAUGAGCAAGUCGCUUCUUGCCUUUGUAUGGAUAGCCGGUCCCUUGACGGGUGCGCUGGUGCAACCAUACAUCGGAAUUAGAAGCGACAACUGCCGACUCGCGUGGGGUAAGAGAAAACCGUUUAUGGUUGUUGGAGGCGCAGCAACUAUCGUUUCAUUGCUCGCUUUGGCAUGGGUGAAAGAGCUUGUGGGAGGCUUUCUGUCUAUAUUCGGUGUUGAAUCAACAUCUGCAGGUGCCAAGAUUGUUAUCAUUAUCAUGGCAACGAUUUUCAUGUAUUGCCUUGAUUUCGCCAUCAACACAGGUGUGCAGGUCGUGCAAGCUGCAAUCAGAGCAUUCAUUGUCGACAACUGCCCCACUCACCAACAGGAGCUAUCCAACGCUUGGGCUAGUCGCAUGGUCGGCGUUGGCAACAUCUUGGGGUAUAUCUUUGGCUACAUGGACCUGCCGAAGAUUGUGCCUUUCUUGGGAAAUACCCAGUUCAAGGUCCUAUGUGUAAUCGCCUCAGUCUUUCUGAGCGCAACCCUUGCCAUUAGUUGUGUCUACAUCAAAGAGCGGAAUCCCCAAGGAGACGGGCCUGUGACUGACAAGCUUGGCUUGAUCUCCUUUUUCAAACGGGUCAUCAAGUCUAUUCAGAGUUUGCCAACACAGAUUUCCCGCGUCUGUCAGGUGCAGAUUGCAGCGUGGGUAGGCUGGUUCCCAUUCCUGUACUAUUCUACCACCUAUGUCGGGCAGCUGUACGUCAAUCCCGUUUUCGCAGAUAACCCCCAUCUCUCCGAGGGUGAGGUCGAUAAGGCCUGGGAAGAUGCUACUCGCGUCGGGACAUUGGCCCUCCUCAUCUAUGCUAUCAUCUCUUUCCUUGCCAAUAUGCUGCUUCCUCUUUUCGUGGUCCCACUGUAUGGACCGGCGCCAGACACCGCUUCGCAACGGGAUUCUCUAGACGGCGAUUUAGAUGACGAUGCAGAGCCAGCUGCAAGGAGGCUAUCAUUCUCAAGCAUGCCGACAGGAAAUGCAUCCGAACCUCUGCUCGACGCAGUUCCAGUCGAACGGGAGACCGAAGGGAAACCGACUUGGCUUUCACGUCUGCGCAUCCCAGGCUUGACUCUCCCGCGGGUAUGGCUCCUAUCCCAUCUCCUCUUUGCCGCGUGCAUGUUCAGCACUUUCUUCAUCUACUCCCACCAGGCUGGGUCGGCGUUUGUGGGCUUCGUCGGUGUCUCCUGGGCUGUAGCGCUGUGGGCUCCCUUCGCUCUUAUCGCGGCGGAGGUAGCUAGGAUUGACCCCUCAAGACACAGCCAUCGCCGCACAGCUCACUCUGACUACAACGAGCAUGAAGGUGAGGCUCAGGAUGGGGGUCCUGGUGAAUAUAAUAGCGUCGGAGGCGGUGAUGUUGAGCAUGGACACCCGAAGCAUCAUAAUGAUGGUGGGGAUGUUGCACAGGCUGGGAUUAUUCUUGGACUGCAUAAUAUGGCAAUCUCUCUGCCCCAGAUUCUGUCUAGUCUUGUUUGCAGUGCUAUCUUCAAGGCAUCUCAGAAGCAAAGAGGGGAGCCGUGGGAUGAUAGUGUUGGCUGGGUGUUACGGUUUGGUGGAUGUGCCGCGCUGGUGGCUGCGUGGCUGACUAGGAGGGUUUCGGAUGGAUCAAGAUAG